AGUGCUAUUGUCCGCGAGAGAGGCAUCAGCAGUAGUCAUAAUGUUCACCACUCAACUCCAGGUCGAUCGGGCAGUGAGAGAGGUCCUGGUAUUUCGCGAAAUGGCACGAGGAGAGGAGAAGAAAAUCGAUCUCCAGCCAACUUGCCAAAAGCCUUUGAAGGCAUGCUGAAGACCACGACAGAGACAGGUGACAUUGGCAUGUUCUCGAUCAAGCCAUCCAGAGUUCCGCCCCCAAUCAACAGUCCUCGCAGACUCGGCAGCUACAAGGAAAAUGGUCCUCCCAAGCAACAAUUUCAUCCAUACGGUGUACCGGCGGUCGAUGACAGACGUCGUCUACCAUCGUAUGCCAGAGAUGCAACGUCCGAGCUGAUUUCCAUGUAUCAGAGUCCCAGUCAAAAAUCCAGUCGAAGAUUCGACGACAACGACUACCGCUCUUACUCCAUGACCCAGACAACUUCUUACACGCUCUCAAAUCACAGAUCAUAUGCCAGUCUUCGAAGCCAGCCAGAGGGUCCUAGUAUGCUGCAGCGACCUAGAUCACCUUUUGCAUACCCCACUCGACUCAAACGUCCAGGUUUUCGUCCUUCGUCACCAGCAUUGACCGACGGUGGAGGCGUUGACUAUCGUCGACGUGCCGAGAUUGACCGCACACCAUAUGUGAGUCGUUCAAAUUCUCCACAAAAUUGCAUUUUUCUUGUAACAUCAGAUUAUAGAUGAUAGAUCAAAAGUGUGUUUGCCUUACUGACUGGAAAUGGUAGGGGCCUGGACACAGCACAUCAUCGCCGUCUUCUCUCUAUGCGCAGAAGCGUAGGCCACCUCUCACGCUCCGUGCAGAUGGAAACAGAUCGACGCCUUCUCUCUUGAGUCAACCUUCUCCUCCAAGACGCUGCUCAAGUCCACUGGUUCCACAAAGUGCCAGUGUCAAUGGUGACUGGGCAAGAAGACAUGGUCCCGCUUCCGUUAAUACAUCUCCGGCUCGAAGCACUUUUAGUCUUGCAUCAACUGCAAAUCUUGUUGCGUCAAAUUUACCCCCAUCGAAUGCAACAACUCCAGGGAAAGCCCAAUCACAAUCACCCAUGUACUAUGAUUAUACUGAGGAUUUUGAAGUGGAUGAGUAUCAACGCCCUCUUACUCGAGAACCACCUCCCCAAUUUCGUAUGGCUGAAACGAUUCCUGAAGAUCGCCCCAUGCAUACCGAAAGACCAUCGCUUGUUGACCCCAAUACUAGAAACAUGACUCCUACUCUCAAGAGUGGCAUUCGAGUCUCAUCUUCAUCGGCAUCGAUUCAUCAAGCUCCAGCAAAUGGACUGCAAGAUUCGAUGUUGAGCGACAGCUACUGGCCAGCGCAAAAGUCCAACACUAGCAAUGGAAGCGAAAGUGAUAUUUCCAGUCGAGAAGAGAGUAAUGGCGCUCCCCAACAAAAUGGGUCUCGACGAGAUCCGCGAGAGUUGAACAAACGACUUGAGGAGGUCUUCAGAGCCAAUCAACUGCGCCGUCAUGGAGAUAACGACUUACGCAAUGGGGCCUUGAGAGAGACACACGAGCAGAGGAAAGAAGUUGACCAAGUCAAAGCAGUUCGACCGAAAUUUUCUUUUGAUCAACCGUCACGAAGAGAGCCAUCACCUCAGACACAAGAUUCCUCUCGUGAGGACUCUCUGAAUGAUAUUCAAAGCCCACAAGACGAAAUUAGCACUCCCCAGAAGGCUCAGAAGUUGGUCAUCUCUUCCCUUUCGCCUCCUAAAUCGACUAGGAAGAAUAGCGGGUAUCAGCAAAAGCGAUCAUCGUCAUUGGAUUUUGCUUCUCCGGCUGGAUUGAAGAGGGUCAGAUCAAGCGGCUUCAACUCAGUGAAUGACUUAACUGAUUUAUCGGAAUUGAUAAACUCUCUAGACUCCGCCAAUGGAUCACUUCAACACGAUGAUACAACCAACUCUACCAUCAUUCCUCCCGAACGUGUGACGAUGAACUCGCCAACUAUUCCAGAAGAGAUGAUGCAUCCCCAACCUACUUCGCAAGGCACAAUCUCUCCUCCUCUUUCAGUUUUCAACAAACCGCAUAACCAGGGCGCUCAAACAACUGAUAGCCAAAUGAAGAAACAUCAUCGCCGCCAAAGACCUCCUCGAAUUGACGUUUCCGCUCUCCACGGUGCUAACGAACUCGUACCCAGAAAUUCAGUCUCUCGCUCAGGUUCCCCAAUGCAUGCACCAAAACCAAUUUCACCAGCAAGACAGUUGAAGUUGAAGAACAGUGUGCCCCAACUGAUGAAGGCCCUACCACCGCUUCCCCCACAUCUUAGAAUGUGCGAGAUAACUACGCCGGAAACCGUUACGGAGGCAGUGGAUACCCCUUCCUUUUUCUCCUCGGCAAAAUCAGGGGGCAACUCAACUUUCGCAGGAAACAUUCAAUCCCCACCCAAAGUUUUUCAAAGAGCGAGAACACAGACCACAGAGCACUCGGAUACGUUAGUGGGGUCUUCUGACACGCGGGAAGUUUCCCUUUCGGUAAAGAUUCCAGAAAACUUGGCCACACAAGGGGGAAAGUUGGACCUACAACCUAUUGCAAGUCCUCCAAAGCUAAAACUAAAGAUGCGAAGCUCUGCAAGCACACUUCAAUCCCCUUCCCACAACUCUAGGCCUUGGAACUCGGAAGAAAAUUAUCCCUGGUCAAACCAGGAUCCUAGUAUCCGGCUUCCCUCCAUUGUCAGCAAGGAGACCUCGAAGCCGCCCAAAUUCAGACUGAAAUCCAACAGACUCUCAAAUUCCAACCAGGACCUCGAGACCCAAGACACCGUCAGAGUCAAUCCAGAGGCUCGAGAUUCCAGGAUAUCCGCCGGUCUGCAUCUACCGAAUCCAAAAGACCUGUUCACCCCUAAUAUUGGAAUUGAUAACAUCUUUCGUCAGGUAAGUCGACAUAUUCAUUCGAGAAAAUCUAGCUCCAAUAGCAGUCAUCCGGGAAGAGAGGGUAGUCCUGGCCAAGUAACUUCUCUCUCAAUUGGAAAUCGAAACACAGCACAGACAUCUCCUCUUGUGGACAGUCAAGAAGAUUCAGCCGAAUUGAACACCUCCAACUCAGAUGGUCAACCAAGUUCCCAAGGACGUCAUUCUCUUCGAAAGCGGUUCUCAAAUCUGAGAUCCAGAAUCACAGGUCCUUAUCUUUCGAGAAGUGCAUCCCGAUCGUACGACGAUAUGACGUCGAAGAAUAUGAAUCGACUGAGUGAAGCAAUACCAAUGGCAAGUCGUUCGGUACCAAAUCUUCGUGGUAGCAUUGGGUUGAGCGUUCAGGUAGAGGACACGACUUUGCAACCAUCAGGCGAACGCACUAGGAGAGUGAAGCUGAGAGAAAAGAUUUCUAGAUGGCUGAAGGGGGCGCGAAUGGCGUUUACAGCUCGAGUACGGUCUCUAGCAAAGGUUGAAGAAAGUAGGGCAUAG